AUUGUUUUUGUUAACUGUGUUUACCAAAACCUUUAUACUUUUUGUAUAUCUUCCAUUUUGAUUUCUCUAUAUGAUAUUGUCUUACCUCAUUGAGAGUUCCAUCAAUCAAUGAUGAAAGUUGUGCACCGUCUUAUCUGAAGAUUUGGAUGUUAGUAUACCUUUCUGCUUUGAAUUACAUUUAUUUAUUUAUCUUGAGUGAAACAUUGAAUGAUCUGAACUAUUAUAUAGACUAAUUUCGAUGAAAGGGUUGCCUUAACAGAUGAUUUGGUAGCCAGCAUAUUGGUAAGAAGGACUUGGUGUGCUCGUUUAGCUAAAUGAAAUUGCUGCAUAAUGAGUAUCUGUGGCCCCAUUACAGCUUCCAUGAAAUAUAGUUGUCCCCACAGAAUUUGUUUUGCUGCAUAAUUCUAAUUUUUCCAGUUCUGAGACAGAAUUUCUUAAGUUCAUUUUGCGCACAAAUGAACUUAGAGAAGUAAUACAAUGACCGGAACUCUCUCUUCUCUCUCCUCAAACACUCCUUUCCAGUGACUUGGCUCUUCUCCGGCGGGGUAUCCUCCUCGUUUUCACUUGGGGCAAGAAAGAUUGGAUUCAAAGGUCAGGUGUAGUGGUCUGGAUGUGGCUUUGAGACUGGGUUGUGUUCUUGCGGCAGCUACUUGGAAGAUCGAUGGCUUUGAGUGUGCAGAAGCUGCAUAAACAUUUUCUAUGUACAAAGUGAUGCAGCUAACGAUGGAAUGCUGCUUGAGAUCUGUAAUAUUUGAAAGUGAUUGUGAAUGUUUAAUCAAAAUAAUUAACGAAGAGUUGGAAGAACCUAGGAACUAUGUUUGUAAAAUUGUAAGAGGCAUCAAAGUUCUGAGCAGGAAGUUCAGUAGGUGUCAUUUUUUGUUAGAAGGACAGGAAAUUGUGUGUCUCAUAACAUGGCACAAUUAGCUUUAUUUUAGCCCAAUAUAGUGUGGCUUGAGGAAAUUCAUGAGUAAAUGUUCACAUGAAAUGCUGCUAAAAGUCUGGUGUCAGUGUCGAUGUUGCGGUGGUUCGAGCUGUUGUGCACCUAUGGUAUUAUCUCCCAUGAAAGUUUCUAAUAAGUUGCAGUCGUAUGGUUUCAUCUACUUUAUUAAUAUCGUGUAUAUUUUCUAUAGAAGCUUAUAUAGAGUUUGCUUGGUGAGUUUAUCAAAACCACAAUGAGUCGCCGUGAUUUAGAAAAAGGUGUAGCUUUUAUAGUGACUUUGUCAAAGCUUAUUUUCUAUUGUUGCUGUUCUUUUCUACAUAAUACACUUCUGUUAUGUUUGCACUUUAUACUUCAGUAUAGAUAGUCAAAGUGUCUGUUUGGUGUAGCUUUUUUCACUACCAAACGACGUUUGCCAUCCUUCACCGUGGUUUUUUCACUUUGCAGCAUGUUUGGUUACCUUUUCCAAAAUCAAUUCAACCUUCCAAAAUCAAUUCUACAAGAAGCUACAAAUCUCAGCUUCUACGGUGACAUCCAUCAAGCAUUGCACUUUCAUGAUAAGGUUAUUGCGAUGGGAUUUCAUUUGGACAAAGUUGGUUAUGGAACCUUGAUUAAUGGCUUGUGUAAAGUUGGUGAAACAAAAGCAGCCCUUGAAUUGCUCCGACGAGUUGAUGGAAAAUUGGUUCAGCCUGAUGUGGUAAUGUACAAUACCAUUAUCGAUGGUAUGUGUAAAGAUAAACAUGUUAAUGAUGCUUUUGAUUUAUAUUCUGAAAUGGCUUCUAAGAGAAUUUUCCCCGAUGUUUUCACUUACAAUGCUUUAAUUAGUGGCUUUUGCAUUGUUGGUAAAUUGAAAGAUGCAACUGAUUUAUUCAAUAAAAUGACAUCGAAAAACAUCAACCCAACUGUGUAUACUUUUAAUAUAUUGGUUGAUGCAUUUUGUAAGGAAGGAAACGUAAAAGAGGCUAAAAAUGUGUUAGCUAUGAUGAUGAAACAAGGCAUCAAUCCUAAUGCUGUUACUUAUAGCUCUUUAAUGGAUGGAUAUUGCCUAGUUAAUGAAGUGAACAAUGCCAAGGGUAUAUUCAGCACUAUGUCUCUUAGGGGAGUGACUGCUAAUGUUUGGAGCUACAAUAUCAUGAUUAAUGGAUUUUGUAAGAUUAAAAUGACCGAUGAAGCCAUGAAUCUCUUUGAAGAAAUGCAUUGUAGAAAACUAAUUCCUGAUGUGGUAACUUACAAUUCCCUUAUCAAUGGUUUGUGCAAAUCGGGGAAAAUCUCUUAUGCUUUGAAGCUAGUCGAUGAGAUGCAUGAUAGAGGUCAACCACCUGAUAUAAUUACUUACAGUUCUUUAUUAGAUGCUUUAUGCAAAAACCAUCAGGUUGACAAGGCAAUUGCAUUAUUAAAAAAUUUGAAAGACCAGGGUAUUCGACCAAAUAUGUACACAUACACUAUUCUUAUUGAUGGACUGUGUAAAGGUGGAAGACUAGAGGAUGCACAUAAUAUUUUUGAGGAUCUUUUGGUCAAAGGCUAUAAUAUAACUGUCAACACAUAUACCGUUAUGAUCCAUGGGUUUUGUAACAAGGGCUUGUUUGAUGAAGCAUUGGCUUUGUUGUCAAAAAUGAAAGACAAUAGUUGCUUUCCAAAUGCCUUAACUUAUGAAAUAAUCAUCCGUUCUCUGUUUGAUAAUGAUGAAAAUGAUAAGGCGGAGAAUCUUCUUCGUGAAAUGAUUACGAGAGGCCUAUUGUAAGACUGAAACUAGGUAAGCUGUAUUCUAUUUAUCUAUUAUUAUAUUGUAUUUAUAUUUAAGCAUAUAGAGUGUACUAAGUUAUGAAAGUCGCACCUAAUUUUGACAAACGACUGUAUAUAAUCAUGGAGUGAAAUUAAAAUAAACUUAUUUUGUUA